AUGGCCGCCAGCGAUCCCGCGACGCGUGCUGAGCCGGCCUCCACGACCGAACGUAACGUGAAGCACGUCGUACUCGGUGAUCUCCUUUUCCAGACCUGGUACCAGUCCAUAUACCCGGAGGAUCUAGUGAGUAAGGAUACAGACAGGUUGUACGUCUGUCGCUGGUGCUUCCGUUACUCGUGCGACGAGCCCGCCUACGCGAAACACACGCGCCUCUGCCCACACCGGAAAUCACCGCCCGGGGUCAAGGUCUACGAACAAGGAGGCUACUCGGUAUGGGAGUUGGACGGCGAGCAUCACAAGCUCUACGCGCAGAACCUCUCCCUGUUCGCGAAACUGUUCCUUGAUCACAAGUCGGUCUUCUUCGAUGUCGUGUCCUUCUUCUACUACCUCCUCGUUUUCACCGACCCCGCCGACCCCGAUGCCUACCAUGUGCUGGGGUUCUUCUCGAAGGAAAAACUCUCCUGGGAUGCCAACAAUCUCGCCUGCAUCCUGGUCUUCCCCCCUUACCAGCACAAGCAGCUGGGGAAAUUGUUGAUGGGGGUCAGCUAUAAGAUCAGCUCCUGGGAGCGCGACAGUGGGUUGAUCGGCGGGCCGGAGCGACCAUUGAGCGAGAUGGGUCGCAAGAGUUACGCGCGCUUCUGGGAGGAGCGUGUAGCCAGACACUUGCUCUUACAUGGUUGGAAGGCCGAGGACGCAGAGGACUCUGCUGUGCCACAGAAGUCGAAGUCCCCUAAGGGCUCGAAAAAGAGACUCGCCCAUGAGCUCAUGACAGUGCAGGACAUUGGUCUGGCAACGGGCAUGUUGACCGAGGACGUCAUCACAGCUCUCAGGGGCCUGGGAGUAGUGCAGCCGGCCACGCCGGCCAAGAAGCGGAAGUCAAAGGAUUCAUCUGGAGCGACUAGCGCUGGAGGUGACUCAAUUGUAACAGUACGAAAGACAACCGUUCUGGAAUGGGCCAAGUCUCAUCAUAUGGCCUUGUGGGACCCGGUUAAAGAUGAGGGGUUUCAUGGUAAAUGGGCUCCGACCGAUUCGGACGAAGAGAGCAAUGGGGACAGUAAUGAAAGCGGCGAUGGAUAG